ACCUCUGUUGUUGAACCAACCAUUGGGACGCAUUUGCAGUGGGCGUCCACAACGUGUCCAAUCACAUGUCAUCUGCCGUUUUUAUUUUGGUCUAGCCCAGUUCCAGAAUGUGGUAUGUGGAUGAAUGAAGAAACCGGGACACGGAAUACUGUAAUAAUAUACAUUUUCAAACGUAUACAUUUGGAAUAAUUUCGUCUCCUGCAUGCCUGAAUUGACGGGUGCCUAAAACCAAACAGCUCAUCACCACACUGCAGUUAUCAGUAACGUUAGCUCCACUGAUCAUCAUGCUAACGGUACAAUAACUGAGGAGGUGGAGGCAUCCGUGACGCCGCUACUACUAUGUAUUCCACACCUAAUGGCGUCCUAACAGCUAAUGGCAAUGCUAACAGCAUUACGGAACUGCUCGGUGCCCUGUGCGACUGCAGUAUCCAUGGGGUGUCCUGGAAACGGCGUGCCAUGGGGGGGCUUUCAAAGGAAGGCGCCCGUAAGUCUCUCAAGAAGCGUGCCUACGGGGCCCUACUGUCCAAGCUUUUCCAACCUGGCACCUGUAAAGGCUCUGCCACCGGCCCGGCCACCACACCGCCCAGAAACAAAGUCCUGAUGAUCUCCUUCGACCUGCGUGUGGCCGGGUGUCAGGAAGAGGCGGAGCGGUUGGAGGAGCUGCUCGGGACCCUGCCAGAGGGAGAACCCUCAGACCCCGUCCUGGAGCUCCUGGUGCACUUGGCCGGCUCUGCUGCCCCUCCGCCCACCUCGUUCAGCCGGGACUACAUGAGACGAGAGAGGCCCGUUCUGCGCAGGCCCCCUUUGGAGGGCUACCAGAGCAAGGAGCUGCAGAGGCUGGAGGCCCGCGCCUGGGGUCUGGUGUGCAGCGAGGAGUGGGGGUCACUGGGAGGACUCUGUGGGACUCUGGGGCUGAUGGACGCCCUUCCAGGCACUGGGCUGCAGGCGUUGAGGAUGAAGUUGGAAGUGGAGGAGAGGUUUGAGAAGGACACCAGGUUGACGCUGUUUGGUGCACUGCAGCACACCAGGACAUCAGACCUACACAUAAAGCUGGACCUGCCUCCUGUACCUAGUGAUGCAGAUGUUACUGGGCUGGCCAUCAAGGUCCCGCACUGUUUCGAUCAGUCGGAAGACGAGGGCUUUCAGUCGGCCUCCAAUCUGACCCCAGACUCACAGUCGGUGCCAAGCCCAUGUCCUGAGUUUGAUAUCUGGGAAGCUCUCGGCUCAUUUGAGCCAGGAAAACGCCGCUGCUGGGAGUCAGUUGGCUGUCCUCCAGGGAACAGGGAGCUGCCGUAUGUAACCGAGGGAGGCAGGGAGGCCUUCGAUCAGCUGUACCGCCUCUGGGAGGGUCAGAUGAGGGUUGUCAGCACAGUCGAGACCCCGUCUCCCAUCCUGCCUCUUCCCCUGGACUCCCAGACCCAGCUGGUUAGUGACCUGCUCAACGUGCUGAUCGGAGUGGAGUCCACCACCUUCCCCCUUAGCCAGAGUGUGCAGUUCAACGUCAGGCCCGGGGUGUGCGUGUCGGGGACCUCCCCAGAGAGCAUGUCGCGUCUUCUGGGGGAGCUGGCGCAGUAUGGCACCCAUUACAUGAGGCUCAGCCACUUCUCCCGACAGACUGCUACCAAGCGCGGCCUGGUCUUCCAGGCGUUUACAGGUGGGCUGAGGAAGUACCUCCACUACUACAGGGCCUGUGUUCUCAGCACUCCCCCCACCCUCAGCCUGCUCACCAUCGGCUUCCACUUCCGCAAAGUGGGCCGGCAGCUUAGGUACCUCUCGGAGCUGUGCUGUGUGGACGGCCCCUCGGGCGUCGGGCGGUCCACCUUCCCCGUGGGCGUGAAGAUGCUGUCCUACCUCUACAACGAGGCGCAGAGCAACUGCAGCAACGAGAACUACCCCGUGCUGCUGUCCCUGCUGAAGAGCAGCUGUGAGCCCUACACACGAUUUGUGUCUGACUGGGUGUACAGUGGGGUGUUCAGAGAUGUGCACAGCGAAUUCAUGAUCCAGGUCAACGAGGACUAUCUCAGCUUCAGAGACAAGCACUUCUGGCAGCGGGGCUACACCCUGAUCUCCAAGGACGUGGAGGACUUUGUGCCCGUCUUCCUGAGGCACAUCGCCAACGACGUCUACGUAUGCGGCAAGACCAUCAACCUGCUGAAGAUCUGCUGCCCGCAGCACUACAUCUGCUGGUCGGAGCUGCCGACUCCCCGCAUCUCCGUCACCUUCUCCCUGCAGGAGGUGGAGGAGAUCGAGCGGGACUGCGCCGUGUACCGCGGGCGCGUCGAGAUGAUCGCCAAGCACAGCGCCACCAGCAGGGAGGAGCAGGCGCGGCGAACGGAGCACGCGCGGCAGGAGCUGAUCAAUCAGGUCCGCCAGUCCGCGGCCAAGACUCUCGACAGCAUCCGUGGGCGGCAGGUGUCUCUGCGUCUGGUGGAGGAGGCCAAGAAGAGGGAGCGCUUUGAAGAGCUGAAACAGCACCUCGAACAGGAGCAAGAGUGGCGCAGCGCUGCCAGGAGGAAGGAGCAGGAGGAUGACUUCAGCUUCACCAGGGAGCUCAGGGACCGCGAGCAGAGGCUACAGGUCCUGGAGGAGCAGCUGGAGCAGAGAGCCAGGAAUGAGCUGAUCGCCCAGUACGGCCGCCUAUCGGAGGACGCCGCCCGUCGAGAGAGGCGGGCCUUGUGGAGGGUCCAGCGAAUGAGGCUCGACCCAGCACGCGCCCAAUUCCUAACGUUGGACGAAGAAAAGAUUGAGAACAUACUGGAGAAAUAUCCCUUGGGGCAGGAGAGACCUCCCAUUGGAUUCCUUUCAGCUGUCUCCCAGACGGGAAAGCAACGGACUGCCCUGCAACAAAACCAGGAUUCAUCAGAACACCUCACGGUGGAGGGCCGGGAACUUCCUGACGGCGUUCCUGUCUCCGACCGCCCGGCUGCCGGCUCCAGCCCGAUCACCGAGGGCGGAGACGUGAACGACUUGCUGGACCAGGGCCUCGGGGAGCUGGGCUCCGACCUCCAGCAGCAGCCUCCAGCCGCCGUAGACUACGACUUCAGCGCCCCCUUCAGACCGCUGGAGGGCAUCACCGGUCAGGCCCCGCCCCCGCCGGCGGUGCUGCCGGACAUGGCGGCCGUCCCUCACCCUUCCGCCUCGCACAUAGCCGUGGGCGAGAACGUGUCUGACGUCCAGGCGAGCUUCCCGAGGUCCAGCGUCCACGGCCAGGCGUCCGCGUCCAGCUUCCCCACAGGACAGUACACCCUGGAGGGAGGGGCGCCAGACGCACCGAAGCGCAGCGUCCACGGACACCCCUCCCAGUCGGCGGUGCAGCUGGGGGGCGGCGACGGCGCGAGGGGAGGCGACAACACGCCAGAGCCUCUCCGUGCGACGACUGUACAAACAAGCUCCCUGUUGGCGGUGGGAAACACAUUGGAGGCAAACCAGCAGCCACAGAUGGGGACGGCUCCUGUUCCUGUGGAGGAUACUACCGCUUCUGCUUCUGGUUCGUCGGUUGAGGCCAGCUCUGUGCAGGACGGUGGAGGCCUCCAGGCUGAAAGAGAUCCCCCUCCUCUGGCUCCCUCUCCGUCUGAGCCUCUGGUGGCUGCGGGUCAACGUCAGGAUUCAGCCGCUCAGUUCAACGUCGGCGAGUUCGAUGGGAUCGUGCCGCUUCCCUCCCAAAACCCUCAUGGCCACGCCUCCGAUUCCCGACUGCAGGCCGGAGCGCUGAUCUCCGACGACGCCGUCCCCUUCCCCUCACCGAGCACUCACGGUCACGCCUCUGAUUCCCAACUGACAGUCGGAGCGCGGAUAUCGGACGACGCCGUUCCCUUCCCCUCUCCCAGCGCCCACGGUCACUCGUCUGACGCCCACAUCCAGGUCGGGGAGAACAUCUCUGAUUCUGUCGCCCUGCUACCGGCUCCCGAAGCACACGGGCACACGUCAGACUGCACCCUCCAGACGGGAUGCGUCGUGUCCGGUACCGAACCCAGGCCGGGAUCUCUGCCCGGUGGCCCUCAAGGCCACUCCUCUGAUCCCCAACUGACAGCCGGAGCGCUGGUCUCGGACAACGCCGUCCCCCUCCCCUCACCCAGUGUCCAAGGACUCGGGUCGGACACCCACAUCGAGGUCGGAGCGAACGUCGUCUCCGGUUCUGUCGUCUCCGGUUCCGUCGUCUCCGGUUCCGUCGUCUCCGGGUCCGUCGUCUCCGGUUCCGUCGUCUCCGGGUCCGUCGUCUCCGGUUCCGUCGUCUCCAGGUCCGUCGUCUCCGGUUCCGUCACCCCUUUACCUGUUCCCGCCGCCCACGCGUCAGACGCCCACGUCAGGGUCAGCGACGGGUUGGUGGCACAGGUCGGCGCUCCUCUUCCCUCUCCCAGUGCUCACGGCCACGCCUCCGACGGCCACAUCCAGGUCGGGGAGAACGUCUCCGACUUUGUCGCCCUGCUUCCCACUCCCGGGGCACACGGGCACGCGUCGGACUGCAUCCUCCAGACCGGAUGCGUCGUGUCCGGUACCGAACCCGCAACGGGAUCUCUGCCCGGGAGCGCCCACGGCCACUCGUCUGACUCCACCCUCGGCGGGGGCUGUGUUGUUUCGGGGGUCGACCCCGCCGGCGCGCCUCUGCCCGGCAGCACUUAUGGGCACGCUUCCGAUUCGACCUUGGGGGAUGGGUGCGUGGUGUCCGGAACGGCAGCACAAGCCUCGCCACUUCCGGGAAGCGUUUACGGUCACUCUUCCGAUUCGACCUUAGGUGUGGGCUGUGUCGUUUCCGGAGCAGCAGAUCAAGCUUCGGCACUCCCGGGAAGCGCUUUCGGACACUCUUCGGACUCCACCCUCGGCGUCGGCUGCGUCGUUUCCGGAGUAGAGACACUGCCGUCGCCGGUGCCGGGCAGCGCUUUCGGCCACUCUUCGGACUCGGCUUUAGGCGUUGGGUGCGUCGUCUCUGGAACGGCAGCGCACGCCGCUCCACUUCCGGGUAGCGCUUUCGGGCAUUCCUCAGACUCCACCCUUGGCGUCGGAUGCAUCGUGUCCGGAAUGGCGACUCUUUCCUCGCCGGUCCCAGGGAGCGCUUUCGGACAUUCUUCGGACUCUGCUCUCGGCGUCGGCUGCGUAGUUUCAGGAACCGCCCCGCUCGCAUCGCCGAUCCCGGGAUCCGCUUUCGGGCACACGUCGGACUCGACGUUAGGUAUCGGGUGCGUGGUGUCGGAGGCGGAGCCUAUACCCACUCUACCAACGGGGAAUAUCCACGGGCACUCCUCUGACUCGACGCUGGGGAUUGGCUGCGUGGUGAAGGGCGGAGUUCAUGGGGAGCCAACCGGACCACACAAUGACCAAGGAGGCCGGGCCGCCCUGCCUGGCCUGUCCCUGGGUGAGCUCUCUGAGCAGGACUACCUGCUCUCCCUGGCCGUGCAGUACGAGGUGGAGACCUACGAGGACUGCUCCAACCGCAUGUCGGCCUCCCCAGAGUGCCAGCUCCUGAAGCGGCUCGCCGGCGGGCCCCGGGGCCUCCCCGCCGACCCCACCCUCCAGAGCGCCACGGACACCACCUCCAUCCAGCUGAGCGAGAUGGUGUCGCUGCCGGUGCUCAUGAAGCACUCCGUCACCGGGCCCCUCAUCACACACAUGUCCCUGGUGAACAAGGCGGUGGUGGACUACUUCUUCGUGGAGUUGGGCGUGGAGCGCCACUUUGAGGCGCUUCGCCACUUCCUGCUGAUGGAGGACGGGGAGUUCGCCCAGUCCCUCGGCGACCUGCUCUUCGAGAAGCUGGGCAGCGGGCAGACCCCGGGGGAGCUGCUCACCCCUCUGGUGCUGAACUCCAUCCUGAGCAAGGCCCUGCAGUACAGCCUGCACGGAGACAUCCGGCAGGCCGCCAACUUCACCUUCGCCCUGCGCUUCCUCCCCGACACAUUCCACCCCCACGCCCCCGACUCCCUCAACUGCCUGGAGCUGCGCUACAAGGUGGACUGGCCGCUGAACAUCAUCAUCACGGACGGCUGCAUGAACAAGUACAACCGGCUGUUCUCCUUCCUGCUGCAGCUCAAGCACAUGGUGUGGUCGCUCCGAGACGUCUGGUUCCACCUCAAGAGAACCGCGCUGGUUAAGGGGGCGGGACACUCGGUGCAGUUCCGCCAGCUGCAGCUCUACCGCCACGAGAUGCAGCACUUUGUGAAGGUGAUCCAGGGCUACAUCGCCAACCAGAUCCUGCAGGUGUCCUGGAGCGAGUUCACGGCCAAGCUGGCCACCGCCGGAGACCUGGACGCCAUCCACCGCAUGCACGCCGACUACCUCAACAGAGCCAUCUUCAGGGGCCUGCUGACGGAGAAGGCGGCCCCGGUCAUGAACAUCAUCCACAGCAUCUUCAGCCUGAUUCUCAAGUUCCGCGCCCAGCUCAUCGCACAGCCCUGGUCCAGCCACCAGGGGGAGACGGUGCACCCCAGCUUCAUCGCCAUGCAGCAGUCCUACAACACCUUCAAGUACUACUCCCACUUCCUGUUCAAAGUGGUCACUAAACUGGUCAACAGGGGCUACCAGCCCCAUCUGGAGGACUUCCUGCUUCGCAUUAACUUCAACAAUUACUACAAGGAGACCUGAGUCCGUCUGCAGGUCCGCACUGCUCCUAGAACUGCUUCCAUCUGUGUGUAACGCACCAGGUAUGCGGUUUGAGCUACUGAGCUUUGCAUGUGCCUAGGUUUAUGCUUUGGUGUGGUGAAGUAUAAGCACAACAACGAUGCCUCUGCGUGUGGUAUAGAAAGGGCUUCAUGUGAGUGAGUGGGUUUAUUUUUUUAGUCUGAACAGGAGUUAUAUUAUAUGAUUUGAACUAGAAGACUCCUUGGAUGUGUGAGUGGCUUUGCAUUAUUGGUUAGCUUGUGAAUAUGGGUGCUACCAAUGAGAACUACAUUAAGCUGAUGCCAAAAAGUGUACCCCUUGUGUCAAGCGUUCUUCCUGCUAGACAGGUGAGAAGUCCUGUCCUAUUGUUAUGCCUUCAAAACAAGUGUUCCAUGAUGUGUAAAUAAAACAUGUAAAUGAAUACUUUGGGUGACCAUGUUAGUCGGUUUCAAGUUAUUCCUUCUGCGAUGUGAAGAAAAUGUAUAAUUUCAAAGCGUUCAAAGUAAAAGUCAUGUGUAUUUUUAUUAAAGAAUGUUGACAUGUUGUUUUAGAAAAUUAGGUCAGACAAUGAGUGCAAAGCAGUAUAUUUAAUAAACUCAACUUUACAUUUACAUGAAAAUCAUUACCAUUCCUGGCGCUUGACCUGCAUAUUUCUUCCAUGUACCGAUGAUUUAUUUCUAGAUGUGCAAAAAACAAACCGGUUAUAUUCAGGUUGGAAGGUACAAUCCAUGAACGAUGAGAGGUUAGGCAUAGAUCUUUGAAGAAUUUCCAGUAUUAUCUUUAAUUGAACCCUCACUGCAGAAGAACUGUGCAGAACUGUACAUGCACAGGCACUAUAUAAGACACACUUACUCCAGCUUAAGUCUGUAUGUUUUAAAUACGCCUUUGUCUUGUUGAAGUGGCGGCCUACUGAGUUUAGUUCCUGCCGCCACACACUGAAUCAGGACGUAUUCAUUUACCACAGGUGGUAAAAAAAAGAGAUGUAAAUUCUCUGGGAGCUUUUCUAAGAACUGAAAAACAAACUGCUUAGUCUUUAUUUUUUUAGCUCCAUGAGAGGCGUAUCAAACUAACUGGAAGCUUGGAGCUCGAACUGAUUAUAGACUUAAGCACUGGACAAAGCAGUUCACAAUCAAGGCCAAAUUAGGAUUGCUUGACAUCUGACACACACACACACACACACACACACACACACACACACACACACACACACACACACACACACACACACACACACACACACACACACACACACACACACACACACACACACACACACA